AUGGCUUUCAGACCGCUGUUACGGCAGCGCGCCGCUGUCCCCGCCAUGGCCGCCCUCUCCACCGCAGCAAUCUUCGCACCCCGGACCGUAUACGCAGAGGAGCGACCUGCCGACCACUUUAACCGCAAACCUAUCUACGAUGAUAUGCCCGUCGAUACCACAGCGCCUACCGCUCCCGCCCUAACAGAACCAUCGAACUCUUUAUCACCAGAGUCUAGCUACCGACCGACACCAACCGACCGCCUCGCAGUCCAGAUCGGCCGUGCGCGCAUGGCUCUGUACGAGCAGGCUGUCCGCGGCGAGAAGGCCGUCGACAACGCGCUCACCGAGACGCUCCGUCUCGAGCACUCCUUCACAAGCACCAUCCGCUCAUUAGCCCCACCCAGGGAAUCCGGCGAGAAGGUCCUCCCAGGCGCACUCUACGUCCUUGUCUCCUCCAUGGCCGGUUCCAUCAUCACGCGCAACCGCAACAUCCUCCUUCGAACCUCCGUCCCCGUCGCUGUCGGCAUCACCGCUGCGAAGUUCGUGCUUCCCAUCACCACCAAGAACGUCGGAGACCUCAUCUGGACCUACGAAGAGAAAUACCCCGUACUUGCGGAUACCCACCUGCGGAUGAAGAACAGGAUCUCGCAAUUCAUCGAGACUGGAAAGGCACAUGCGCAGGGAACUGUUGGUAUGGUCGAGGGGAAGCUGGCUGAUACACGUGAGAAUCUUGAAGGCUGGGUCAAGAAGGGCCGGUAA